GAGAGGCGGGGUCGUACACCGUUCCCCGGCGGGCGGGGCCGGCGGCCCUGGGCCGGGCGCUCCGGAGGGGCCGUCACUGGUCGGAGCCAUCACAGAUCGGAGCCCAUCGCGCCGUGUCGAGAUGUCGGGCGAUCACUCCCGCAGCCUGGGCAAGGGCAGCGCGGCGCCGGGCCCGGUGCCCGCCGGGCUGAUCCGGCUCUACAGCAUGCGCUUCUGCCCCUACGCGCAGCGGACGCGCCUGGUUCUCCGCGCCAAGGGCAUCAGCCAUGAAAUAAUCAACAUCAAUCUGAAGAACAAACCUGACUGGUACUUUGAGAAGAACCCCGCUGGGCUGGUUCCUGUUCUGGAGACCAGCAAGGGCCAGCUGAUCUGGGAGUCCCCAAUCACCUGUGAGUACUUGGAUGAAGCAUUUCCAGGGAAGAAGCUGAUGCCUUCAGACCCUUAUGAGCGAGCUUGUCAGAAGAUGCUCUUGGAAGACUUCUCAAAGAUAACAUCCUUGCUUUUCAAGCAUGUUUUGGCAGUCAAAGAUGGACAGGACACCACUGCACUGAAAGCAGAGAUUGCUGAAAAGUUUGGCAAGCUUGAAGAGGUUCUGUCCAAACGCAACACGGUGUUUUAUGGUGGGGACUCGGUCUCAAUGGUUGACUACAUGAUCUGGCCAUGGUUUGAACGUCUGGAACCAUUCCAGCUAAAGGACUCUUUGGAUAACACCCCAAAGCUCCAACGCUGGAUGGAGGCCAUGAAGGAGGACCCUGCUAUCAAGGCUACAAUAACUGACCCACAGACAUACAAAAACUACCUCCAACUGUAUCUGAAGAACAGCCCUGAGGCAUGUGAUUAUGGGCUCUGAGGUGCUCGUAGGAGCGUACUGGCUGAAGUGUUAGUGCUGUUUUUCAGUGUGGGAAGUCAGUGUAGUUUGGUGGGGGCUCUUCUGUGGUUGUAUUCAUAAUGGAGAAUAAAUCUGUCCUGAAAAGGCUGAGAAACCCUCUGUGAACUCCAGUCCUUCCUGUUGGAGGAAGGAUGUGCUGGCAGGAUCUCCUGCUUGAAGCAAGAGAUGGAAAGUCAUUGAUGGCCAUGAAUAUUACAUAGAAGAAAAUCUCUCCACUCAAGAGGUGAUGGUCUCUUAUCUCUGGGCUCUUUCUAGGCAUUGCAGUGGGCAGUCCCUGAAGUGAUGCUGUUACCUGAUUUAAAAAUUGUAAUACUCGUUUCUUGAGAAUGAAUAAAAAACAAUCAGUGUCUUCAAA